AACCUUUUCUCUUAUCACGUGCCUGGCCUGAGCCAGUCAGCUGCUCUGUAACAUGAUCACCUCAGCCAGCCUCCCAGCUCACCGGGUAACCGCGGGGUGAGGCAGCAGCUGGCGACAGCAUCCACCAAGGAAGGAGCUGAAGGAAGAGAAAGCAGGCUUGAGCCGCGGCCGGGACCUUGGAGGAGCUGGGAAACAGCCCACUGCAGAGUGACCUCCAGACUCAGCUGUGCUGUCUUAUUCCAGAUGAAGGGAGAAGCGGGAAGUACGCUGCACAGUGAGAAGCCAAAGCAGGAGGGACACCUCUGGGGCUCCAUGAGAAGGACGGCUUUCAUCCUGGGCUCUGGCCUUCUCCUGCUUGUGGCUCUCUGGAACUCGGUCACAUGGCAUAUUCAGAGAUUCUGGGGUGCUUCUGGCUGCUUUUGGCAAGCCCAGUGGGAGAGGCUGCUGUCUACAUGCGAAGGGCAGGAGUGGAUCCUCUACAUUCUCGGUGCCAUCCAGGUGCCCUUUCUGGUCUACUGGAGCUUCAGUGGGCUUUUCCUGGUGGUUGACACAACGGGAAAGCCUAACUUCAUCUCCCGCUAUCGAAUUCAGGUCGGCAAGAAUGAACCUGUGGACCCCGAGAAACUACACCGGGCUGUCCGCACAGUUCUCUUCAACCAGUUCGUGAUCUCCUUACCAAUAACAGCCUUCCUCUAUCCCAUCCUCAAGUUACGGGGAGACCCCUGCCGCCGAGAGCUACCCACCUUCCACUGGUUCCUCCUGGAGCUGGCAGUCUUCACGCUGAUUGAGGAAGUCCUGUUCUACUACUCACACCGGCUCCUUCACCACCCAACACUCUACAAGAAUAUCCACAAGAAACAUCAUGAGUGGACAGCUCCCAUUGGCAUCACCUCUCUCUAUGCUCACCCUAUCGAGCAUGUGGUCUCCAACAUGCUGCCGGCGAUGGUGGGUCCAGUAGUGAUGGGUUCCCACUUGUCCUCCAUCACCAUCUGGUUUUCCUUGGCCCUGACCAUCACUACCAUCUCCCACUGUGGCUACCACCUACCCUUCCUGCCUUCACCUGAAUUCCAUGACUACCACCAUCUCAACACUCUCCUCUCUCCUCCAGGUUCAACCAGUGCUACGGGGUGCUGGGGGUGCUGGACCAGCUCCACGGGACUGAUGCCGUGUUUAAGCAGACCAGGGCCUAUGAGAGACACACGAUCUUGCUGGGCUUCACCCCACUCUCACAGAGCAUUCCUGACUCCCCAAAGACAGAGUAAGAAGCGGCCCGAGGGCCAUCCUGGCUGCCCCUCAGCAGAGGACGGCUAAGGUGGCCUGAGCCCUUCUGGUCACACCUAACAACUUGCUCCUUCAGCCACACGCUGUAACGGCGACCCCUGAAGGGCAGGGGGGAGGUCAGUCCUGGAAAAGCAGGGCCAACGAUGGAGCCAGGGCUCCACCAACUGCCCCUGUUAUUCCUCAAGGGGAUGGGAGAGUAGAUUAAGGAAAGAAAAAAAAAGUUCCCCAAAAGGGAGGCCAGUCACAGGGAAGAAACCACUUUGAUUGGGUUCUGGGUAAGUCCUCCUGGUCCUCUGUUGUGGAAAGGGAGAGGGACCCCAGAUGACACCUUUGUGGCCUAGACAAGACAGAGUGACAAGGGUGGCAGCAAGACAGGAAGCUGCGUGGCUCCAGAGAGCUCUUCCUGGUGCUGGGGUAACCUAAGACGCUGCUUUGCCCCUUCCUGUCCCCAAAAGCCUCUCAGUCCGUUCAGGCCAGGGCCUGGACACCCCAGCAGCAGUUCUGCAGUCAAGUCCCCACUGUCCCCCAGCACACACACACACGUAGUAAGUAUAUCAAAAGCCCCACUUCAAAUGGACAUCAUCCCUCUGAGAAGAAAGAUACCAAUCCCAGGAGUCCCUCCCGGGGUUACACCGGAGAUACCAAAGAGGCGCAGUCCAGAGCCCAGUACCUUCAGCUACACACGGAAACCAGAGGCCGAAGCCCGCGGCCCUGCUAAGCUGGGUCCCCUUUACCCAGAGUUGCUGACCCUUGGGGACAUCCAACUGAGGCCCCUUAUUAGUCUCUGAAGGACCAAAAGGGCUAGAACCCUCUUCCUCCAUGAAGUCAAUAAAUACAUGGCUGAAUGAAGGGCAAAAUCCUCAUUUCCCUCAAAUGAUGAAACCAUUGUUUCAGCACCAUUUUUAUAGGAUGCAUUUAGCAAUGAUGCCUUUUCAGAUGAAACCUCACCAUCUACAACAAAACCAGAGCUGCCUAGGUUGAAGCAGUCCCGACCCUGGGUUCCCAAGAACAAUUUGAAGACCACUCUGACCGGAAAGACCACUAUUAUCAGUUCCUAAAGCCUGAUGCAUUUCUGAACUUUCAGAUCGCCUCCAUCCAGAAAACCACCCACUGUAGUUUCAUAAAAUACUUUAACAUCUGAUAGGGCUGAGUCUCCAGGCAGAUCUGACAAAAAGGACCUCUCCCUACCCAGUAGGCCAACCCGGCGGGUACCAGGUCACGCUCUCCUCCGCCCCUUCCCGGGACAGCACGGGUCCUUAGCUUCAGUACAGCUCCUGGCCCAUCAGUGCUGUAAGUGCCCACAGCUGAGGCCUGCACCCACAACCUGUUCCUACAAAUAAACAAUUGGAAAACAGCCCAUCUUCAGUGAAUGGAGCAAGGGUGGGCUACGUGGAGUGUGGACAAAGAGGCGGAAUGGAUACAUUUCUCCCUUUAAGGACUUUAGACCUGGAGGUGCCGUCAGGGCACAGAGGGAUGAGGGGCGGUGUUCUCUUACCCUUUUUCUUGGGCAGGUGGUUGGGCCUGGCCCUGAAGUUGUUUCCAAAUGGGCUCAAGCAAAGGCUGAGAUCUCAACACUCUCAGCAGGAAAUGUGAAUGUGCAAGAAGGCAUAAGUAAACUGAUCUCCUUUUAAUUCCAA